AUGGCACCACCACCACCUAUCCCCACUCCUCCACCGCCACCCCCACCACACCACCGCCCCCAUCCCCAGUCCCCCACCCCACUGUCCCACCAUUCCACCACUCCAAUUUUACCACACUACCACCACCAUCCACCCUCACCUACACCCCCAAUCAUCGCUACCACUAAGCAGCGGCUGAAUCACCACCAUCACCACCAUCACCACCAACCCCCACCCACACCCCCACUCCGCACCCUCACCGCCACCCCACAUCCCACGGCAUGCCCACCCCUACCUCCACCCUCCCACCCCUACGUCCACCCGCACCCUGCACCCUCACUGCCACCUGCACAACUCACUGCAUCGCCACCCCCACCACUCCCAUCCCGCACCCUCACCGCCACCCCACACAGCCCACGACAUCCCAACCCCCUACUCCCACCUUCACCCUAUAGCCUCACCACCGCCAUCCCCACCUCGCACCUUCACCGCCACCCCUACAACCCAUGGCACCACCACCAUGCGACUGAAUUACCACCAUCUCCCAACCACCAUCACCACCAACCCCCACCCCGCACCCUCACCGCCACCCCACAACCCACGUCUGGAAGUGAUGCUAAUAUUAAAAAUCAACCACCGUCUCAAACUGUAAUAGCUGAACAAUCUGCAGGUGAUAAAACUGUUAUACUUGUACAGUCUGAAGGUGAUACUAAUAUUGGAAUUCAAUAUACUGUUAUUGGUCUUGUAUAA